ACGUUCGCCGCUGCUCUUGCUCUAUGAAUACGGGGUUACUGCUCUACCUUUCUGGCCUCUUCGUCGCUCCAGAGAAGCUUUCAGGCUUCUCGCGGUGGAACGCUGGAACGACUGGUCUGUCGUGGACUUGUGGGGAUGUUAUGUGAUCGAGUAGCUACGUGCCCUGGCGGUGAUCCUCGAAGUCUAACCGAGGACACCAGUCUCUAUCCGUGGUUCAGUUUCGACGAGUUGCCGAGCUAUGAGGAGGACACGCGACUAAGAACCGAGGACAGGGAGGAAGACGACGAGAAGGAGUACGAGGACCGUUUAGGAAUGUCUUCGGCUUCGACGAGCAAGCUGCAGAUUUUAUGGGAUCGUUACAUUCGUGCCGAGCCGCAGAGUUACGAGGAAUCAUCGUGGUUGGACGUGUUUCUUGCCGAACUGCUUGCCCAAGUGAAAGAAGGCCGAGACGUGAAAGAUGCCAUAUCGUUUUGUUCAACCGGUGGAGGAGGUGUGUCUACUCUUGUAGCUUGCGAGUUACUUUCGGACGUUCACAAAUUGUGCUCGAAGAGGAUCAACGGUGACGAACUGAUCGGUUUGAAGAGGUAUCUGUGCGAAGAUCGUGGUUGGCGUUGCCUGGCGGUUUUACAAUUUCUCGGCGUACGAGGUCUUUCUUGCGCACGAGAGCUGGUAGCUCUUUUGGUCGCCCUGUAUCCGGUAGCUGUUCAAGAGGACGCUAACAAGCCGGCUUCCACCAAUUCGUCGAGCGUUGCCGAAGAGCGGAAUCCUUAUGUAAAAUUCUACUGCAACGACGAUACCGUCGACACGGUAGAUAUCGUGCCGCACGCGAGGCGAAGGUCGACAAAGUCUGGUCGGAACGGUGUUCUCCACGAGGGCAAUGUACCGUCGCGAAGAAGAACAGCUCGUGGACAAAGUAUCGGUGCCAAGGUGCCGGUCCAGCAUAGACAAAGAUCGUUUGGCGGGUUCGAAGCGCGUCGCAACACGCCGGAAAGCGCGAGCAGCGAGUCCGAAUUGCUGACAGACGGUAUCGAUCAGGCACGAUCCCUCACGCUGAAGAUCCGUCUGAAUCCUAUGGACUUUGAGUACUUCACGUCCGUCGUCAGAAGCGACGAGGAACAAAAAUGGCAAGCGGCCCUCUACGAGUUGCCCGCGCGGCCAGCCAAGAAAACCUCGAAUGAUUACGUGGAUGAGAGGAUCAAGCAAGUUCUGGACGCUAGGAUCAGCAACUUUGAGGCCAGCUUGUUGAUCAUCCAACUGCUUCAGGGACUACGAGACUACGAUACUCCGGCCAAGCAAACACCCGCUGUGCAAGUUCUAAAAUUCGCACUUGACACCCUUUGGUCCCUUCAGUUCGGUAUCGACUGCACCGGUUUAACCGGUACCGAAUGUGCCACCUUGAAAGCAGCGGCUGCCAGGCUGAUGCUCACCGCGUUGGAACGAGUGUUAAGGGCCAACGAGCCUACCACCGCCGUCAUUCACAAUGGAUUACUGCCCAUGACUCUGAGAUUGCUCGAAGAUGCUUGCAGCAAACCCAUGAACGUCUUCUCACCGGAAGAAGGCUCGCUUCUUCAAGAGUUCAUCUUCGCCACAAUCUACGGAAUCGUCACUUUCCUCUAUUGUUUGCUACAUCGACAGGGCACCACGCUCGAGAAGCUGUCCGAUUUCUUGGAAUUGUUUCAAUUGUUUACCGAAAGCCAAGAUGGAAAGCUGGUCGAGCGAACCGUAUUCGCGAUUGUUGACCUACCGAGCGUUGAUCCAGCGAGGUCGGUAAUCCGCGCCAGAAAGGUCAUUGAUAUGAUAGGUGCACUGACGAGCGGUUUGAAAUCCGUUCGACGCGAUAUUUCUCAUACGACAAACUGCAACCGAGCAAAGCACAAAUCCUGUGUCAAUAAAAUACAGAUUCAUCAUCAUUCGGAUGUAUUUGGGGCAGCUUACACCCAGCCGAUGGUCGGCACUGUUACGAAACAGGCUUGUUGCAUUUCCUCUUUGUUUAUGACACUCGCUAAUCUGCUGAAGCAGUCUCAUCCUUUCGCUACCGAGCUACAGAUUCGAUUGAUCAAAGUUUCGACAGCAGCCGGCACUUGUUGCUGUUUUCCACCGAGAACACUCAUGACCAGCAUUGUAUCGUUCUUGUUGGAGAGACACGAUCCAGCAACGUACGCUCCAGCCGUCGCGUUUCUCGAGCGUACGUUCUACAAGGAGCUCGCUGCAUACUCGGAAUCCGAUACAUGUUCUACCUGCGACAGACCUGUGUCAUUUUCUUGGGAUUUUUUAGAGUUGUACGCAGACCUGUUGACGCUAGACGAUCCAAAACUAUGCUACAUCAUAAUGGCACACUUGCUGAAAAUAGCACCCUCCUCUAAGUUUCAUAUCAGAAAGGAGUUGCUCUUGAAGGUGCUCUACCCGACCUUCCUGAAAGCUAAGAGCUGUUACACGGCCGACAACGGCAACGUUACCGCCAAGUUUCUCAUUCAGUCCUGUCUCUCCGCCAUCACCUGUUUGAUCGUAAACACUCAAAUAUGCGAAGGGUUCACGGAGAUCAACGGGUUGGAAGAAGUUUUGGCUUUGAUAACGGACACAGCCUUCACUCGGACCGUUUACGCCCUGCUGGAGGUCACUGUCAUUAUCGAGAUCUGGAAGACGAGUUCUAUAGAGGCGAAUCUCGGGAACAUAGAAAAGUCUGCGCUUAAAUCUCUGUUCGAUUCUCUUGAAAAGGAAACCACAGAGUUGUUACGUGCUUUGGAAGAUACACCAGAUGAUUCUAUCGAAGGAAAACGGGGGGAUCUGCCAUCCGAUCAAAUUUCUACCACAGAGAUGAGCGAUCAAAGUAUGGAAGAUAAAACAACCGAAGAAACUAUCGUGGAGAACGAUGCUUCGGCAGAUCAAAGCGAAUUGGAAGGAUCGAUCGAUACGAUUUCUUGUUUUCCGGAAGUAUUCGACAAUUCUGAAGUGACUGCAUCUUGUCCAGAUACCGAUAACGAAGCGGAUCCUGGCAAAAGAAUAAAUCUUUAUCAAGCCAGCGCAGCUUGGAGAGCCGCCGCUGGUGUUGCUCUUUGUAGUCCAAAAUUUCGCACGAAACUAUCCUUCCACUCCGUGUCCCAGAAGUCUCUGCAACUGUUCAAAACGUUGGCCGUACUUAUCUCCACGGACACCAUCGCAGAUUCCAAUAAAUCAGCGCACAGACUCUUCGAGGCUUUACUCACGUGCUGCUUGACAUCCCCGUUGUGUGACUGCGACGUAAUCAUGGAAUUGGGCAGAGCAUUGAUGGAAGCAGGCGUGAAACUGGGUCGUGGAUUGGCUAUCAUUAUAGAAGCUUUAUUGAAAGUGUCCAUGCUAAAGCCAGCUCAAGAAGAAACUGUACCGCAAUAUACCCGACCAAGGUUACCAACUAUGACGUUAGACGCCAUGCCGGAUUGUGCAGCGGAUGACAGUAGCACAGGUGAAUACGUGACUGCUGAUGAUGGUUAUGAGGCCGAUGUAGAAAUACCGGGACGAAGUCCUCGCAAUAGCAGUGUGAAAAGAAGUAAUUCAUUAGGACCUGUGCUCGAACCUAGAGGUCAUGCUAAUGCACAUCCUGCCUUGUGCUCCUUGGCAGUAGACCUGUUAAUUCAUUUCAGUGAACAAGGUUUGGAUACCGAUAGGGCAUCUAUCAUAACCGCUGGUUUGAGGAAAGUUGCAGUUACUUGCAGAGAGAGCGCCUCAAGCUGUGCCGCUCUAGCUGGCUCAGGCGUGAUCACAAAAAUUUUAAACGGUUUUAGAGAUAUAUUCACUAGCAGGGAUACUCAAUAUCAAGAUCUGCAACACGCUAUUUUAGAAGUGUUUACUUUAUUGGCGACACAAUCCAUCUCACCAUCAGAAUUAGUCACAUACUUGUCUCUGUUCAAAGUCGACGCACCUCCGCUUUUAUCGCUAUUGCAACCACUUUACCACCUUGUCCUAGUAGCACGCCCUCAACCCAAUUUCAUUCUGUCAUUCCCCGUAAUGGCUGAGGCAAAGAUAUUCUCAAAAGCUCAAUCGCAAGAGUACAAAAACUUAGAGAAGGCCGAGAAUCUUGUAAACAACUUUCGGAAGCGACAUUUCGCAUCGGGUAUAUGCAGUCCAUGGUCCGUGCAUGCAACGUGCUUACCAAUCGGCCCUGAACUGGCUUGGCCAGUUUGGUUGCAAGGUUGCUCCGUUUCAAUGUGGCUGAGAGUUGAAAGAGGAUUACCUAUUAAUGGCAAAGGAAUAUUGAUUAACACAUCACCAAUGCCAGAUUCAGACAAUGAAAGUUUGUCAGACUGGGGCAUCUUAUCUGAUAACUGGAGCCGAGAAGACCAAUCGAUGUCUGAUCUUUUCUUGGGUACACCAGUCGUAGCAGGUUCGACAUCUCCACCUACGCCAACGUCCAUUGUCCACUUGAUGUCUAUCGGAUUUGAAUCGCUGGUUUUUGAAACAUGGUUGGAUCUUAAAUCAGAUAAAUUGAUUUUACGAUUAACCCGGCCAGAUGAUAAAACGAACCGAACAAUAUCUGAAACAUCGGUAACUGGUAUGCUUCCCUCUGGUCGAUGGCAUCAUUUGUCACUGAAUUUCAAAGACACAGUUUUAAACAAACGUAGCGCCGUUGUUGAGGUUGUCCUUUGGGUAGAUGGCUGGAGAGAAAUCAACGCACAAUUACCAUUCGAUGGUCUAUUAGUGAGAAAACCUGGAACUACAUGCGUUCUAUUAGGCCAAGUCGGAUCAAGCAACAUCGGUGCUUGGUAUCUUGGAAACUUAAUGGUAUUCAGGUGUCCAGUAUUUACGAAGGAGAGAGCACUGUAUCUGGCAAGUCUUGGACCUAAUUACACUAAUCUUGCUGAAUGUAUUUUAAAUACGGAGAAGCCAGAUUUCGCGCCGCUAAUUGCGUCUGGAGCUUUAGAUGGUGUUCGAGAAAUAAGAUUUGAGGGUGGCAAAUUUGAUACGAGUCGACGAAAGUCAUACGGAGGAACGUAUUUAAGGCGCGCUGUGGAGACCAAAGUAUCUGAUACAAAAAUUGAUUGGGACGCGGUUAUGGAUGCUACAAAUUCUCAUUUAGGUGAACUGCAAGACAAUCUGUUGCUCAGUUACGAAGCACAAAAUCCCAAUAUCGUUCAUUUGUAUCCUCAAGCUAUUGCGAACCCUGCUGCUGUGGUAAGAAAUCUAUUUCCGGGUCAACCAGGUUUUAGGGUCGUUUCUGCACCGGAACAUAGAGUUUCGCAACAACCACCUUUGUCUGUGGCACCGAUAUUGUCCGUUCGAUUAGAAUGCCAACAGUACAGGGGUCUUGUACCCGCUGCUAUCCUAGUGGGUGGUGUACCCAUAUUUUUAUAUCUGUUCGCAAGAGUAGUCGAAUUAAACUCGACCGAGGAAGAACAAGCAUUAGCUCUUUCGAUAGUUCUCCACUUAAUAAAUAAUGAUUCCGAACUUUUAAAUCAGUAUCGAUCCGAAGGUGGAACAUCUUUAAUCCUACGCAUUUUAGAAUCGCCACGGUGCCACGCAGGUAGACAUAUUCUGAAAGCAAUGUUAGAUGCAGCUUGUGAUAGUUCGAUCCUAAUAAAAGAUAUCGGCAGCGGCAAUCAUUCGGUCUCACAAAAUUGCGAAGCUGUCAUCACGGAUCCUGAAUUGAUCAAAGGUGCACUGACUGCGUGGAGAACGUGGGCGAAACAUGAUACGUUAAAUUUGCUAUUGCAAGCAUUGUUAUUGCUGUUGAGAGAUCAGCAUUCACAGCGUGAAUUUAAUGCAUCUCAAUUGAACAGAGUAGGAAUUGUUGACACGAUUUUAACUCUGUGCAAGGAGCAUUUUAUGUACGAAGAGUUGGGCGCUGUACUCGAUUCUACAACCGGAACUGCCGUGGUUGAAUUAAUAAGAGCACUAAUGGGAGCUCCUCCUGAAUUUGCUCAUUUAGUAGCCAUUACAGAUUACUUAGUUCUUGUUCAUCAAGCAUCAGAAACUUACAUCACUCAUUCGAGACAUAAUAUAUACUUCUUGUUGCCACCAAUCGGUGAAAAAAAGGUCGUGAAAGUCAGCAACACGGUAACUUCUAGUUCAUCUGAUGAAUCUAUAGGAACUCUAGAGAAUAGCAAAUUGAGCAAGGGUUUAACAAAUGCACAGAUUCAAAAAAAUAGAAUACCAAAACGGAAGGAACGUCGAAAUGGACCUCCUCAAGAUACUAGUGCCGGAGAAGACUCUGGAAUUGCGGCUAGUGAUGGGUCUAAUCCUCUCAGUAAUGAAAGACAACCAACAUGGACAGAUGAAAGAAGAGCUUGUCAAGGCCUAGUUUGUGAAGGACUUUUGUUGCUGCUUCGAGAUGCAGUUAGAGUUUUACCUGAUAGCCAAGUUGGCUCGGUACUGAAACAUGUUCUAAGAGCUGAACUCUUACUUGUAUUGGCUAAUAAUCCCGACACUAGAGUUCGAACAGCAUUGAUCAAGGUCGUCCAAACAUAUUUACAACGUGCCAGUGACGAAGAAGUUAACAGAUUAAUAAAACAAAAGUACUUUAUGCAUUUAGCCAAUCAAAUAGCGUUAUAUCCUGGAAGUGAACCAUUAGUGGUUGCUUUAGAGAAUUUAGCUUUAAGAGGACCAACACUGGCCGCGAUGCCUCCGUUAAUGGCGAUGAUAGCGAAAGCAGCAGCUACCGAACCAAACGUAGCCAGACCGAUAGUGUCUUUUAUCACUGACAUCAUUGCAAAGAAUCCCAGUGCGCUAAGGAUGCUUUUAGAACAAGGCUUAAUCGAAUCACUGGUACAAGCAUUAGUUGGAGGAGCUCACAAAGGUGGUUCCACGUCUCUUUACCGGGACAUCCAUGUCCUUCUCGUUGCUAUUGCCACGAAACUCUUAGAGUCUCCAGGAAGUCAUCAAAUGCAAGCUGUUCUAGACUUGCAUUUAAUAUUAAAUCAUAUGGAACUGAAAGAAAAAUCCCAUUGCACUAAGAAUAGAACUUGUGUGUCGAUCGUGAGGGACGCCCAAGUUGCACUCUUCGACGGAGAACUCGAUGUCCUCGCAACAAAAGUCUCGAAUCAGUCGGGUUUCCGGUUACGUAGCACAGCAUCGUAUCUCGCUUCAGCAUCUCAUAUAACUUCAGUUUUCACAACAUCCAGCGAUCAAAGCGAUCAUGGCUCUCGGUCGUCCAGUUACACUAGUUUGCAUGCACCUUCCAUCGCAAUUUUGCGUGAACCAGGCAAAGGAGAAUUACUCGAUCGAUUCCGUAUUAUUUUAAUGCGUGCCGUUGAAUUUAUCACCGCGGCUGAUGAAUCACCAUCCGGGAACGAGUUACAGCUGACCAAAAGAUUGUUCUCGAUUCUCUUACAUGGUUUCUGUAAUCCGUUAGAGAAGAAAAAUCAUUGGAGCAGCGGAUGGUCUACGAGACAUUCUUUAAGAAAAUACACAGCUAAAAUAAUGGUGUGGUUACUUGGACCCCACCAAAGUAACAAUACCAGAAUUUUUGCUGUCAGGUCACUCAUGGAAGAACCGAAAGCUCGCGAAAUUCUAUCCUCUCUUUUAGAAGUCCAUCCACAGGUAGAACAAAAAUUUACCGUGUUCUUUUGGGAUCUUUUGCAAAGACGGGAUGAAAUACCCAGUGCUGAUGCAAGAAUAUGCGCAGAAUUGAAAGAAGCGCUGUCCAUAUGGGAUUUGGCAAAAGGAAUAGAACAAGCUAGUCCUGGUAUAUGGAACGAAGAACUAGCACUGUUAAGACGAGAAUUGAUGAGAGAUCGGGACAUAUGGAUUGAUAACAAUCUUCCAGCAAUUCAGAGGAUCGCCAAUAGGUUCGAUGUACUUGCUAAACAGCUAACAGAAAGUGCUAUGACUAUAACGCGUACAGUUGUAGAGGAACAAAAUCAAGAACGUAAAGUAUUAAUGGAAAGACUGAAACAUUCGAGAGCAUUGGAAGCACAAGCGAUUGCUAAAUGGAGAGAUUUGGCUCGUCGUUUAACCCACGAGAGGGCCGCAUGGCACUUUCCAGAAAGUUAUCCAAGAAGUUGGGAACUGGACCCAACAGAAGGUCCAGCUAGAGUCAGAAUACGACUUCAACGAUGUCACUUAAAUAUUGAUAAAAGAUUUUUCAUGACUGAAUAUCAAGAUAAAUUAGAUGCCGUGAAAUAUGAAGCACCUUUAUCUUACUUGUUUAUGACUGAUCGACAAGACGCAAACGCUUCAGCAUUAAUUGAGCGGCUACACACUAGCGAAAGAAUACGUAAAAUGUCUCAAGCCAAAGUAGUUACGCCUAGAGCUGAAUUAGCUGGCGAGGUUCUCAUCGGUGAAACUUGUCUCUACUUUGUUCCUGAUAAACCUGAUGUGCCACUACACACGGAUAUAGCUUUAGGCGGUUUGGAUUUAGCUAUGGUAGGUGGAACAGCUUGGCAUCUCGAGGAUAUUCGAGAGCUGCAUAGAAGAAGAUAUCAACUUCAAGAACGGGCUAUUGAAAUUUUUCUCAUUACUGGAAGAACUUAUUUACUUGCAUUUAAUUCCUCAAAGGAAAGAGACGAAUUUGUAACUGAAUUGUCUGCUUGCAAUUUACCAAGACGAAUACCUGGUGAUGAUCUAAACGAAGCUAUCACUUUGUGGAGAAGCGGAGCUUUAACGAAUUGGGAAUAUAUAACUUGUUUAAACAAAUUAGCUGGUCGUUCCUACAAUGAUCUAAUGCAAUACCCUGUGUUCCCAUUUGUGCUAGCAGAUUAUACAAACGAAAAGAUCGAUCUAAAUAAUCCAAAAAUUUACAGAAAUUUCAAACGUCCUAUGGCUGUGCAGGAUAAGAAAAAUGAGCAACAUUAUAUAAAUAAUUAUAAUUAUCUUAAGCAAGCUUUAUCAGAAGGAUUAAACUUAAUUGCUCUAAAUCAAGAACCAUUCCAUUACGGAUCACAUUAUAGUAAUUCGGGAACGGUACUUCACUUUUUGGUACGAUUACCACCAUUCACCAGUAUGUUUUUAUGUUAUCAAGACGACAAUUUUGACAUUCCUGAUCGAACAUUUCACGCGCUGGCUACCACAUGGAGAUUAACUAGUUGCGAUUCAACGACCGACGUAAAAGAGUUAAUACCUGAAUUUUUCUAUUUACCUGAAUUCUUAUUGAACUCCGAAGGAUUUAACUUUGGUAUUCGACAGAAUGGUAAUCGGGUAGGAGAUGUCGAAUUACCAAAAUGGUGUGGAGGUGAUGCACGACUUUUUAUUCUUGCUCACAGAGCAGCAUUAGAAGCUGAUGUCGUUAGAGAAGUUUUGCCCUACUGGAUCGACCUGGUUUUCGGAUUUAGACAAACGGGUAGACCAGCGGUGGAAGCUAUAAAUGUUUUUCAUCCUGCGACCUACUAUGGAUUCAAUGUAGAACAAAUAGCAGAUCCUUUGGAACGUCAAGCUUGGGAGACAAUGGUACGCACAUAUGGCCAGACACCAGCACAAUUAUUUAGAGCUGCUCACCCAUUACUAAUUCAGAAUCUUGGGAACACAAUGAUACAUAACCCAUUGCCACAAGUAAUCGAAGGUGUAGAUGGCAUCAAAUGGGGAAACUACGUUGGCGCGCCCGGAAAUGAACCAGUUUUAUGUUGGAAACAUAAACAUAGAGCACCACUAGCGUCUUUAGUUCCUUUAAUGACUGGUGAUGUGUUUGGAUUACCUAGUUACACCACUCUUUUACUUGGUUACACAAAAGAGAAGGGUGCUAGUAUGUUAAGUGGAACAUCUGUAUUGGGAGCUGCUCUAGUAUCAUGGGGUGGUACAGAUGGAAUUGCAAGACUGAAAUGUAAAAAGGAACAACCACCAAGACCAUUAAUUAAGUCAUCUGGUCUUGAUCCAAUUACUAUUUUAAGCUCUGCUCCAGAUUGUGGGCAGCUUUGGGCUGGUCAUUUAUCUGGUAAAAUAACGGUGCAUACAUACACAGUUGUGCCAAGUAAAAUUGACUUCAGUUCAGCACCAGCAUCUGUGCUCUUAGCUCAUAGAAGCAGAGUAACGACAAUAUCUCUUUCACGAGCAUUUAGCAUAGCUGUCACGGGUGAUACAAGUGGCAUUAUCGUUAUUUGGGAUUUAAAUAGUUUAACAUACAUAAGAUCCAUACCAUGUGACCAGAAUUACCCUAUUCGUUUAUUAUCGAUCAGUGAAACUCUUGGAGACAUAGCAGUUACUUAUGAAAUUCCAAGGACAAGUGAAAAUGCUUCUUCGGGUCAGUCCGAAUUGAAAAUAUUUACUAUAAACGCACGAGCGGUUGGAUCUGUUUUGUCUCGAAGAAGGAUAACAGCACUGUGUUAUAGCAAUGCACCGGAAGGAGUUUCCGUCAAUGUUAUUGCGACGGGAUUGGAUAACGGAGUGAUAAGAUUAUGGAGCAGUUGGGAUUUGAGAUUAGUCAGAGAAAUUAUAAAUGGCAUAAAAGGUUGUGGACCCGUAAUUGCGAUAGCAUGGGCUUUAGACCAACAUCAUUUGUAUGCAGUAACUGAAGAUUUUACUGUCCUUAUAUGGGAAGGAUCGAAACGUUUAAGUAACGGUACACCAAAAUUCGUUAAUUUAACAUCAUUGUAAAUAAAAAAAAGUCAAAAUACUGUUUCAA